AUGGGACUUGUACCCACCCAAACCGGCCUGGAUCCAAUCGGGUGGCCGCAAAAGGAGAUGAUGGUUAUCGGGCGAUCGCAAGCGCGCAAUUCAUUCCCUUCAGAAAAGCUAGGGACCGAGCUGCUACGAAAAAUUGUCGCCAUCAUCAACUCCCAACUUUCCAACGGCGCACUCUCUAAAGGCCCGUCGCCACGACCACACGGCCUUUUUAGUGUCUUGGAUAGCCGCUGCCAGUUGUCAUGGAACCGCGGUAACACUUCGGCCGGCCGGGGGGCCACCAAGUUUAUCUCGGCGCAGGCGACAGCCACUCCGAGCGCGCCUGUCGACUACCACUUCCCUUUCGGCAAGCCUUCCCUCCUGAUAUCUACCCUGCCAAGUUCUCAGCAUCUUCCUCACGGCUAUCGACCGCCAACCUCUCCCAAGUCCUCUACAUCGCCGCCUUCAGCACAUCAGCCUCUGCAGUCUAGUCAGGACAACCAUGCCUCAUCCGUCGCCCCCGAAGUUCCAACGCCUCUUCGCGACUCAAACGAGACAAUACCGAAGAGCGAAGACAGCACUGUCAAUGAGGCUACGCCCGAUUCUAGUCUUUCGAUGUCAGAGAGCCCUGUGCUACCCGUCUCAAACCGGAGAGAAGCACUACACCAUCACUCUGACCAAGUGCACAUCCUUGGUUCCGACCUCAAAGCGCACUAUAUUGCGCACGCAAUCUCAGGUCUUUCCUCCAUACCACCAGUGCGGUUACUGUCCAAUCGUUGGGCUUUCCUCAAGGAGUGGAAGUCUGAAGGACACGAGAUACACGUGUUCCGGAACGGAGAGUGCUCGACGCGAAACACGCCAAUUGUCGAGCUGAUGAACCAACGUGGUCGCGCAGCGCACCAACCACACAUAGACAACCUGAUCGUCACACUUUCGGCCGCGGGAGCUGUGAGAGCCCUCUCGAACAUUACGCAUCGGAUCGACCAGCGGACCACUCUGUGUCUUAUCCAAGACGGACUGGGUGUUGCAGAGCAUCUCAACCAGAAACUAUUCACAGAUCCAGCUUACCGGCCAAGAUAUGUUCUGGGACACAUGACCCAUAUCCUGGCGCACGGCCAGAGCCGAUUCUCGGUCAACGAGAAGGCUAGCGGGCGACUAUGCCUUACAGCUUUGCGAGAAGGGGUCACCGAACCCGUUGUCAAGAUCUACCCACCCGUUGAACGUCAUACGCAGAGUUCUCAUCUUCUGAGGAUGCUGACCACGACGCCAAAUCUCCAAGCUGGAGGUUACUCGUAUGCGCACUUCCUCCGGCGUAGGCUCCCGGAUAUGGUAUUCACCUCGGCGGUAGACUCGGUGUCUGCGGCGCUCGACAUGCCGUAUGACAAGGUCUGGUCCAACCUAGAAGCACGGCACAUUGUUUUCGAGCUUUUGCGAGAGAUUUCCGAAGUGAUCACGUCUCUGCCCGAGCUCCAGUACUCCGAGGAGCUGCUGAGAUAUGUCCAUGACGGCGCACUUCAGAAGGACUGCCGUGCUCGUCUGAGGAAGAGAAGCAGUGGUGAGAGCCACAUGCUCCAUACCAUUCGCUGGGGUAGAGAAAGCGAUAUCGACUUUCUGAACGGCUACUUCGUCCAACGCGGGGCGGAGGUCGGCCUGUCGUGCGCGACGAACAAGACCAUCAUCACAAUGGUGAAGGCCAGACAGCGGAAUGGCGUGGGCGAGAUAGACGAGUAUAUCCCCGUCGACAAGAGGAAGCUAAGGUGA